AUGCGUGCAAAGGACGUCUUCGCGCUCGUUCCGGUCCCCUCACACCUUGUCAAACACGCCUAUUCGCGCAUCACACUCACACGUUUCACGACUGCGUACUUUGUUGUAGCCUUUGUACACGCUCUGCUUCUCUCCGGCUUCCAACUCGGAUCACAUCUAUCUAACAAGAAUGCGGACACCACACUCUCCCAAAUAAUGAAGGUCGCCGAAGUCAAAAGUGACCUAAUCCCGGUCAUUACCAACCAGAAUGGCCAAGAUGUAUUACGACUGUGCAAUGGCAUCCCCUCGUCCGCCAAUGACGACCGGUGCCAGACAAUCUUUGUUCCUACGACGGAUGCCUCGAGGUCGACCAACAAUAAUCCAAAUGUAUCUGACAAUAGGGGGUCAAGUGCCGCCAGCGCGACACAGUCUCGCGCGUCCCAGCUCAAUGCUGGUGUACUUCAAGAAGCACAGGCCACACGUACACUUCAAGAGGAUAUAUCUGCUCUUCGAACUGGUGCCAUCUCUGCCUCCGUCAUCUCGACGUCGAGUAUUGACACCACGACUUCGCUCGAGCCCACCAGCAGCACAUCAACAUCGACGUUGGCAAGUGUCCAGAUUGAAGUCGCUGCUGCAGUGACUACAACCAGAUCCGUGGAUGCAUCCAAGGCGGCUAAUGAGACGGAGUCAGCUUCGCCCAUCACUCAGCCGCUUCCGACGAUCAUUCUCGACCCCACCAGUCAGACAGAAUCGUCUACGAGGAACUCUGCUAUUGAAGUCUCCUCUUCGACGACGGAAGGCUCUAGCAGUGUGUCUGACCCUGUUAGGCAAACCUCAGAGUCGCCUAGCUCGACCGAAACCGUCAUUCGCACACCUGAUUUGCCGCAACUCACGAUCAGCUCGGCUACAGAAACUUCAAGCACCAUAUCCAGUGCCACUUCGACAUCCGAUGUUACGACUCCGACCUCGACCAUUGAAUCCGAGACAUUUUCAACUUCGACUCGACUCGUUUUGCCUACCUUGGAGACUACAUCCGUAGAAAGUACUUCGCGGCUUUCUUUGUCGACAACCAGUGAAGACGCUCAGGUGAAUGAGACGACUUUGUCGGAGUCGACCUCGCGUACAAGACCUUCGCUACCUACUGCGGUCAUCUCGACGCGUUCCAGCACAAAGUCGGCGGAAGAGACUAGUACCGCUUCUACAGAGACAGCGGCUGAAGAUAUCUCGACCUCCUUGCCCACGUCCUCGGAGCGACCAUCGUCUUCUAUCUCUUCGAAGAUAUCAAGCUCUGCCUCAUCAGAGUCUACGGAAAGCACUAAGUCAACAGAGGUCACGGAAAGCUCUACAUCGUCAAAUACCAAAGAAAGCUCUACGUCAUCGAAAGCUACAGAAAGCUCGACCCUUUCUGAGCAGUCUACGAAUAGCACCUCAUCUAGCACCUCAUCCUCGACCUCCGCUAAAGCAACUAGCACACCCUCGGGUGUAGGUCUCCGAGUGUUGAAGCGAGUCGAUGUUUCGCCUGUGGCCAACUCGACCACGGGCGUGAUUGCUGGGCUCAACGUGACCAUGGAAGGUCAAGGUUCGACGACGUAUAUCGAUCUGCGCUGUGCGCAAUCUUUGAGCAUCGUCGAGGAACAUCUUCACCAGUCACGAGCAGAGGACCUCGUUAUGCUCGGAUACUACAUUUGGCUGUUUGGUUUGGGGACGGUGGCGAUAUUAAACGAGUCUAUUCCUCACCUCUCCGCGGCUUUGCUGUCCUCCGCUCUUGCUUUGGUGUGGUCUGGGGUGCAAAUAUCGCGUACCAAGGCGUUUCAACAACAGUUUAAUACGUUUAUCAAGGAUGGAGCAUGCAACGGAACCGAUUUGAUCUCCUCGUACUGGUCCGAACGUGCAAAGAUUGAAGUACCAAGCUUUGUGCUCAACGCCACCUGUUUCUUGCUCCUGGCUGGAUUUGGGACCAAGCUGUUGAGCGUGUAUCGCAGGCAGACGAAGAAGACGACGGGAGAAGACCCGCUCAUGAAACGCUUGUAUAGGGCAGUGCUUCUCCUCUCGGUCAUUGUGCAGACUAGCACAUUCCUCUUGCUGGCCUCGUUGGCCCUCUGGGUACAGCAGCUCUUCGAGAGUCCCAUUGCGUCCUUUUCAGCCGGGACACCGGUUUUCAAAGGCGUUGGCCUGGCGUCUGUGCUGAUGGUUGUACCGUGGUUUAUCAUUGGCUGGAUCGCAAUCCGACGUGAACACAAGAUGCUCAUGAUUGCAUUCUUGAUCAUGAAUGUCUUCUUCCUCGGAUCGUGGACAGUCGUAUUCUCGUCUGACAUUUACCGCCUCGUGUUCACCAAAUGGUCAUUCUUCGCGGUGAUCACAGUGACGAGCUUUGGGCUCCUUGUCGGAUCACUCAUUGCGGGCUUGUUGUGUCGGUUGCGCUUUGGCCAAGGAUUGGCUGUGCAAUUGGCAGAGAAGGACCAAGACGAAGUGGACACGACACCUUGGGAGUUUUCAAACACGGUGGAAAAGGCAUGGGAGCCAUUUGCAGACGUCCGUCAAUCGCAGUUUACAUCGAGCGACCGGCAAUCAACGGCCUUUUCGUACGGGCUGCGCUCGCCUGCACCUCCAGUGCCUGCUAUGCCUGCCCAAGUAUCACGUUUCUCGCGCUUCUCGACGUAG